GACAGACGGAGCAGAGCACUCUUUAACAUGUAUCCUGACAGCUCAUCAAAACACUGGCCAUUUCCUUAUUACAUAGGCUUUUAACAGCGAUCAAAUCAAGCAAUACAAUUCUCUGUUGGGAUAUUUAUCGACUCAGAGAUCAAGCCGCAGUGGACCAUCUGUUGAUCAACUAAACAUCGAUUGCAACAGGUACUUGUGCUCAUUGCAGGGUAUGUUUUGGCCAGUUGCCUCUCUGCACUGAAACAAAGGUUCAAAAGUCCACGGCAGACUCACUUUUGGCCAGCUGCCUCUUCUGCCAGUCUACAACACUGUAUAGGCUGCAGCGGGUUUCAGUAUCGAUGUGUGAGGAGGUCAACAUGAUUUACAGUACAUCAACAGUUCCCUGUUGAUGAUAUGACAGCACUGAACUCGUACGCCUUCGCCAUGUCCGAGUAUGCCGAGGGAGACAGCUCUCUACUUCAGCUGCAGGAAGUUGACUCCAGCAGGAUGGGAGGCCACGUCCUCUCUCCUACCUUUAACUCCUCCUCUCCAUCCCUGCCGGUGGAGAGCCACCCCAUCUGCAUCCCAUCACCCUACACAGACCUCGGUCAUGACUUCACCACUCUGCCCUUCUACAGUCCCUCUCUGCUGGGUUACGGCACAUCUCCUCUGUCCGACUGCCCCACCUUGUUUUGGCCACCUCAUAGCCACGUUUCCUCACUUGCAUUGCAUCAGCAACAGACUCGACUACAACCAAACCAUCCAACUGGUGGGACUUGGGCGGAACUUACACCACAUGAUCACGGCGAAGAGGAAAACUGCAAACCGCUGGCGAAGAGGGUAGCAGUAGCAGAGGAGACUUCUACCUCUUUGAGAGGAAAAGCUGACAUGCACUACUGUGCAGUCUGUAGCGAUUACGCGUCUGGGUAUCAUUAUGGCGUGUGGUCGUGUGAAGGAUGCAAAGCCUUCUUCAAGAGGAGUAUACAAGGACACAAUGACUACAUCUGCCCCGCCACCAACCAGUGCACCAUUGACAAGAACCGCCGCAAAAGCUGCCAGGCCUGCCGUCUCCGAAAAUGUUAUGAAGUUGGAAUGAUGAAAUGUGGGUUACGGAGAGAUCGUAGCAGCUACCAACAAAGAGGAGCACAGCAGAACCGACUGACACGAUUCUCUGGCAGGAUGAGAACAAGUGGCCCGAGAUCUCAAGAAAUCAAAAGUGUCCAACGUCCCCUCAGUGGAAAUAAGGUGGUUACCAUGGCGUUGAGCCCUGAGGAGCUAAUCGCUCGAAUCAUGGAUGCAGAGCCACCCGAGAUUUACCUCAUGAAGGAUGUGAAGAAGCCUUUCACUGAGGCCAACGUCAUGAUGUCUCUGACCAACCUGGCGGACAAAGAGCUUGUUCACAUGAUCAGCUGGGCCAAGAAGAUCCCAGGUUUUGUGGAGAUCGGCCUUUUUGACCAGGUCCAUUUGCUGGAGUGCUGCUGGUUAGAGGUGCUGAUGCUGGGACUGAUGUGGCGGUCUGUUAAUCAUCCUGGGAAGCUCGUUUUCUCCCCAGACCUCAGUCUCAGCAGGGACGAAGGCAGCUGUGUGCAGGGGUUUGUGGAGAUCUUUGAUAUGCUGUUGGCAGCCACGUCCAGGUUCAGAGAACUGAAGUUACAGCGAGAGGAGUAUGCUUGUCUCAAAGCCAUGAUCCUUCUCAACUCCAACAUGUGUCUGAGUUCGGCGGAGGGAGGAGAGGAGCUGCAGAGUCGGUCGAAGCUGCUGUGUCUGCUGGACUCGGUGACGGAUGCUCUGGUUUGGGCCAUCUCGAAGACGGGCCUGAGCUUCCAGCAGCGCUCAACCAGACUAGCCCAUCUGCUCAUGCUGCUCUCGCACAUAAGGCAUGUCAGUAACAAAGGCAUGGACCACCUCCACUCCAUGAAGAUGAAGAAGAUGGUUCCUCUGUAUGACCUGCUUCUGGAGAUGCUGGACGCUCAUAUCAUGCACGGCUCACGUCUUUCUCACUCCGGCCCUCAAGCGGCUCCUGUUCCCAAAGAAAGCAAAGGCGUCCAGGAGACCUUCACCUGCACUUCUCAGCAUGGCGGGACCCUGGUGGGACCUUAAGACCCUAAACCACUUCUGUAUUGUGACAAAAAAGGGACAAACAUUUUUUGAUCAUAUCCAACUGUAACAUUAACAA